AUGGUGGAUGCAGAAACUUGGACCCCGUGCUGUUCUAUCGAGGAAGCCGAUAGGAUACUGACACGAACCGGGAGCUUGCUCGAAACUGAAACUCGCAUCAUCGGCGGGAGAGUCCUGAAUGUUUGGAAGAAUCUCUGGCCGUCUCUGCGACUAUUCUUUCUGCACUCGACCAAGAAGUACGCCGACAGAACCUACAUAGUAUACCAGACAGAGUGUUAUACCUUCCGGGAAAUACUAGACAAGGCAGUCAGAUGUGCGGUCAUCUUAAGAGAUGUUUACGGUGUUAAGAAAGGUAAGGACAUUCUGUUGUUAUUCGGUGCGUUAGCCCCUCACCUUCAGUAUAGGGGAUCGAGUAGCCAUCUGCUCUCGAAAUUGUCCAACUUAAUCGUGUUUUGGGCUUGCCAUCUUCUGGGAGCUGUAACUGCCCUCGUGGACACAUCGCAACCGUUAGAGUUGCUAAGAUACUGUAUCAUGCUUACAAGAUGUGCACUGAUCGUCCUUGACCCCGAGCGAGCGGACAUGAUCGAACCGGUUACCGCUGAGCUGAGUCUCGCAUCUGGGGCAUCAGGAUGUCUCGUACUCGAGAAUCAUGAGGGACAAGGCCAUUGGGAAGGUGUGGACGUUUGGAAUGCAGUUUCCUCCGGAUACAACAGGGCGGAGCAUAGAUCACUCGUCUUCUGGGAAGAUUAUCAAAGCACUGCUACGGGAUGUAGCCAAGAACGAAUGGGCAAAGAGGUCGAGGAAAGAACAAUCAAAUUUUCGAGCUACACGAUAAGGUAG